UGCAAAAUUGAAGUGAAUGAAACUACUCAGCUCUGCAUUGCAAAACUUGAUGAGCCACUGACCUUUCAAAUACUCACUCACAAGAAAAAAACACAUUUGAAAAAGAAUAACAUUAACAUUUUUAGGGUAAACAAUGACAAGGUAGAGGAUAUAAAUGAGGACUAUAGAAGUCGUAUUACACAAUUAACAAAUACAACUAUGACACUUGACGUGGUGAGAACGACAGAUUCUGGAAAUUACCUGCUGGAAACCUUUAACCAUGAAGGUCAAUUAUCACACACAACCAACUUUCAUCUAGAAGUACAAGCUCCAGCUCCAGUCUCAAAUCCAAAGGUGUCACAGACGUGUUUGUCACCAGAACAGUCUGUCGUCUGCUGCUCCACUGAGGGUGACGGAGUAGAGUUCAUUUGGAGUUUGGACAACAACAUAUUGAUACAGACCAGAGCUGAGAGCACAAAUAAACCGACAUCUGAGGUUUCCAAUGUCACCAUCAGCUUACACGGCCAGCUCACUGGAAACUUAGCAUGUAUCACUCAGAACGACAUCAGCUCAGAACAAACUGUGAUCCAGCUCAGGAGCUGUAAAGCUCCAGUGUCAAAACCAGAGGUGUCGCAGACGUGUUUGUCACCAGAACAGUCUGUCGUCUGCUGCUCCACUGAGGGAGACGGAGUAGAGUUCAUUUGGAGUUUGGACAACAACAUAUUGAUACAGACCAGAGCUGAGAGCACAAAUAAACCAACAUCUGAGGUUUCCAAUGUCACCAUCAGCUUACACGGCCAGCUCACUGGAAACUUAGCAUGUAUCACUCAGAACGACAUCAGCUCAGAACAAACUGUGAUCCAGCUCAGGAGCUGUAGAGGUAAACUUACCUAAUCACUUUAAUUGAAGUGCAUGUCUAUUACAAUAAUUUUCUAUAAUAAAAACUGAAGAAUCUUGAUAUUUUCCAUAUUUACUGUGUGUUACUGUGUUCUGUAGGUUCCAUUCACUCUCCUUUUGUGACUGUGACUGUCGCUGUGGUAGCCAGCGUAUGUGCUUUGCUUCUGCUUUUGGCUCUGUUUCUUUAUGUAAGACACUUACAUAAGACUCCAAGACCUGUGGCUGAUGAAGGUAAGACAAACACAUUCUUUUCAUUUUGCCGUUUGAUUUUUUUAAAUCUGUCGUUACCUUUUUCAGAUAAUGGUGAAAAUGAAAUAGUCUACUCUGAUGUUAGAGUGAAGUCUGCUACGGAAAGAAGACCCAACACAAAGUAGCAAUGUGCAGAAGAAACAUAUUGCUCAUAAUAGAUUUAAUCUAAUAGAAUUGUUGUAACUGAACUGUGUUAACAUUAACCAGAGUCAGAAAUAUAUCAGAAUACCCCAAAAGUGAAUCUUGCAAGUGCUGGGACCUUUAAAAAGGAAGCGUUAGGAAUCUUAGCUUAUACCAUCAGUUGCACUGUUCAUGUAUUUACUUCUAAAGCUUUACAGUGUGUUAUUUCCUGUUUUGAAGGAAAUUUCAUGUUCUGUACUUUUACCCUAACUUUGCUUUGAAGUUACUAUUAAGUAAAAUUGUAAACAAAAUAGCCUCUUUUAAAAUUGCUGUUUCAAUAAACUGUAAACAAACAUUGCUGUUUAAUGUUUA